CACAUCGAAUUGAAUCGAGUGCUAAUCAUUAACGAAGUGAAAGGAAGAAUGGAUCAACGUUCAUUUAUAAGUUUUGUGCUUCUAUUAAUCAUUGGAAGCUCGUCAUCAUUGAGUGUGAAGUGUAAUUAUGGUUACGGGUCCCCAGACCAAUGUUUGCUGAAGAGUUUGAAUUUGAGUACAUCAAUCGAAUUUCCAGUCCAUGAAAACUAUCAACUACAAAGUUGUUCUGUAGAUUACCUUUCACCAAUGAUACUGGAUAAAAUGAAGUGGAUUGGAGCACUCACCAUCAAUGAUGGAAACAUCACUAAAAUUUAUCUCAAGUCGGAUUUGGCUACACUUUACGCUGCAAACAGUUUAACGUCAGAAAUAAUAAUUGAUGACUAUGAAGAAAACGAUCAGAUUAAUACGCUGUCAGUUACAUCCAAUCUCCUGAAAUCGAUCCCAAAAAAUUUAUCAAAAUUGAAAAGCUUAGCCAAAUUGAUGCUUAAUGGCAAUCGAAUUGAGUAUAUAAACUUCAGUGAACUCGAUGGACUUGAUAAGCUCAAGGAAGUCAGCUUUUCCCAAAACCGAAUCUAUAUCAUCAUGGAUUCCCCUGACGUUCAACUCAAUCGGUUGAAAACCUUAGACCUGUCGGAAAAUUAUCUCACAGAACUUGAUGUAAUCAAUUGGAAAAUGCCAUUACUUGAAACGUUAGACAUUCACGAGAAUCAUUUAACAUUUCUAGAAAAUCUAGAACCACAAAAUUUCCCAUCUUUGAAAAAUCUUAAACUGUACCAAAACUUGUGGGAUUGCCGUUGGCGUGAUGUAUUCGCUCCAGUGAAGAAGGAGAUUCUCAAUCGAUAUGAAGCCGAUCGAUAUUAUUAUGAUACUCAAGAUGAGUGCUUAAAAAGCACCAAAUUAAGUGAAGCGAUCUAUCUGAAACUGAAUAUUACUUCUAUUAAGCAACUACCAUUCAAGUUAGAUAACGUAGAGCAGUUGGAAACACAAAUCGGUAGCCUUAUUGAAGAUACAUCAACCCACACAACAUCUAUUACCGCUCUGCAGAAAGCGCUGGAGUCACAGGAAAACAAAAUUUCAGAAUUGAUUGACAAAAUUAUUGACCAACGGACAUCUAUUGAAACAAUGGAGAAAAAAAUUCAGCAACUUGAGAUAAAAUCUCAAUCAUGUACGUUACUUGGUGGUGAUGUUCCUAAGGGAUUGGCUGCUAAACUGAUCUCGGAGAUUACCGAUGUGAUCCUGAAAAAUCUUCCAAAUAAUGAAUAAUAUAUGGCACUUGCAAGCAAGUCGCCCGAAAUAAUAAAGGCUUUGGAAUAAGAACUUUGCUUCUUUUUCAUACCGACGCACAGUGGUUCGAAUCAAUAAAAACGUGGUCAUAAAUCAGUAGCUGCCAAGCCGGUCUUUUAAUGCAUAUAGUUGCUUUUAAAAAAAUUAUUUACAAAUAUAUACCUCGUAAUUUGAUUAUACCCCUUAUUGUUCAUGGCCUACUUAGGCAAAAAA